GGUGCUGCAGAGUGCGUCUUUUCCCGUUGUGAGUAAAGUCUAAGGAGGCUUUAUAAACAGAAGACCCCACUUGUCAACUUCAAACUUGACUUCUUGAACAGUUGCUGUAUUCUAGUAGUCAUCGACACAUUAUUCCCGCUUUUCAGAAUGUCUACAGAAAACUUCAGAAUGCCCACAGAGAACUUUUCAGACUUGGAGCUGGAGCUAACUGGUCUGCUCCAGGAGUUCGCUGACGUGGUUGAGGAGUUGAGAGAGCCUUCCCAAAGCGUCCCGUACGCAUACGAGCGGCUCCUGUCUGAAGCCAAACGGCGCACCGGGCUAGGGGACGACCGCUCAGUGGUCAGCGACAGCGGCGUGGAGGACAAUAGUGACUGCAGCAGUGAGGCGUCUCUGGGUAACAGUUUGAACACCAGUGAAGAAGAGCUCCACACUGCAGGCAUAAAAGUGACAGCCAAAGCCAGGAUGGGAGACACAGGAGACCUACAGAGAUUAAUCGACAGUUUGGACCGGGAACUUGCUGAGAUGUGAGCGGAGAGCAAGAGACAAGAGACGUAGAUGGAGAGAUGGAGAG